CCCGAGUCCCUUUAAAGCCCUGCAAGAGUUUGUUCAGGAAGGAACACUGUCUACAUCGACGAGGAGGCAGACUUUUUCAAUCUCAUUUCAACUAUUACACAAGCAUAUCUUACGGCAGUUGAUUCUUCUGCCCUUUUCAUCAGGAAGAACAUCGCCUUCACACUCUGCGACUUUUCUGAGAGCCACAGCAGGAUGCCGCUGCAAGACGAGCGGCCGUCGUCCUCCUCGGAGCAGGGCAGCGACGCGGAGACGGAUACGCUCUCGGAGCGCUGCGACAGCCUGACCUCCGCUAGCGACGUGGAGCUCUCCCGCCAGAGCUUCACCAGCGACUCCAGCAAACACAGCUCGCCCUCCACCAGUCCACCCAAAGCCAUAACGUUGGAUGAGGUGAUGUCGUCGGCACGUGACCUGUGUAACUUGCGUCUGGCCCAUGAGAUCGUCGUGGACCGCGACUUCCGCGUGCAGCCCCCUCAGCUUCCUGAACAUAGCUUGCAGAAGAAGGUAAAGGACAUGGUCCAUCAGGCCUUCUGGACUCGCCUGGAGGCCGACCUGAAUGACGACCCUCCUGAAUACGAACACGCCAUCAAACUACUGGAGGAGAUCAGAGGGGUGCUGCUGUCCUUCCUGAACCCGGGCGCCAACCGCAUGCGUACGCAGAUCAUGGAGGUGCUGGACAUGGACCUGAUCCGCCAGCAGGUGGACAACGAGGCGCUGGACAUCAAGGGCCUGGCCAGCUACGUCAUCAACACCAUGGGCAAGAUGUGCGCCCCCGUACGGGACGACGAGGUCAAGAAGCUGCGCGAGAGCACCGACGACAUCGUCACCCUCUUUAAGGAGAUCUUCCGUGUUCUUGAUCUGAUGACUAUGGACUACGUUAACACCACAAUCCAGAUGGUCAGACCGGAACUCCAGAAGCAUUCUGUGGAAUACGAGAGGGAAAAAUUCCAGAACAUUGUGCAGACCACACCCAACGCCCUCGCCCACACCAGUGCCUGGAUCCGGGCGUCUCUCGAAGAGGCCAUCCAGGCCAUGCCCCCCCCUGAGAAGACGGCCGAUGCCGAUAAGAAGAUGAGGGCACUGCCAGGCCCCGUCCUGGUCAUCAACACCGCCCUGGUACAGCUCAUCAUGGGCACACACAAGGGACCCAUGCCCGAGACGCUGAUGACUGACGAGGGUCGUGUGGUGGAGAUGCAGCGUCGCUGUCAGCUGCUGCAGGCGGUGGCCUCCCUGCUCCUCAUCAUCUACAGCUCCACAGGGGACGUCUUCACCGGCCUCCCCGCCCUCACCGAGCGACUCAAAAGGAUGACCACCGUGCUGCUCGACGGCAUGCAUAGCCCGAGUUUCAACCUGCAGGAGGCGCUGGAGAACACCAGCGUGCAGAUCUGCUGCGAGCUGAACAAGUCCCUGAGCGAGCGGGGCAUGCCCUCCCUGCCCCCGGCCAUGCAGCAGACCCUCAAGGGCCAGAUGUGCAGCAUCACGCAGGAGAACAACCCCAUACGCGCCCUCGUGGUGGGAAGGCUCCAGCAGUACUUCCGAGUCAUCCUCUCCAUCCCCAUCUCCGCCACCAACCCCCCUCCGGUGCCCAACGGCCUGGGCCUGAUCCAGCCGGAGCUCACCGCGCUGGGCCUGGGCUACGCCGACAUGGCCCGGUUCCACAAGCAGGUCUACAUGCCCUUCUACGUGGGCAUCAUCAAGGACCUGUUGUUCGGAGCGCCCCCUGCUGGCGAUGCCACUCAGGGAGGGGCCGCGGGGGCCAAUGGAGCAGCUACUACUACAACUACAACUACUACUACGACUAAGGCAUCUUCCCAGGAGUCUUCGGGUGCACAGUCUCCAGCCAAACAGCCUGUAGAGUCAAAAUAAACAUUGCAUUGGAGUACAGGCAGCUGUCUGAGAGGAAAUGGUCCUGAUGAUUGAUUUUGAUGUAUAAAAGAGAUGCUUCUUGAAAAACAUUUUGUACGUCCCCACUCCCCCUCUCCCAUGUGGAAGAGAUGUUUUUUUUGUUUUGUUUUUUAAAUGGAUAAAUGUAACAGCAUUGCACCUUUUUGUGGUGAUCCGUGACACCUGUGAUCACCUGCGAAUCUGAACUGGCUCUUGGGGCGAGAGAUGCAUUGUGGGAAAAACAAGCUGUUGGAGGGAAGGGGAUUUGUCAUGUUGGUGCUUUUGUGUUUGUUCUUUUGUUAAUACAGUAUAGCAUAUGCUGUCAGAGCAAAGCUGGAGUACAGAAAUGCAUUUGAAAUGUAAAAGAAAUAUCUUGAAGGCGUGGCGUGCACAAAUUGCUUGGUCCAUAGAAUUGGCAUAGUGCAUAGUGUUUCAUAAGCAUAGUGUUUUAUAAGCAUCUUGUCCUUCCAACUGACUUGCAGGGGGAAAAAAAACAAGACACACUGAACGUUUUAAGACCACCCAGCAAAGUUUUACUAAGUGAGGGCUCAAACCAAUUGUAAAGCUGGAAAAUAACUCAUUUAGACUGCAUAUCAGAGCGAAGCUAUUGUGGUUUUUUUUAAUAAGUUCAAGAAAUGUCCACAUCAACAUUAUGUAGGAGUAUGCUCUCCUUUGCCUGUAGGCAGACAGGCUGACAAUCAAGCUAUUACUAAUAUGUUCUGUGGAGACCUCUCAAAUGGCAUGUCUCAAUGCUUCCAUGUGAAAACAAAAUCCUGCUGCCACUUUACAUUUUCAGUGACAUUAAGGAAACUCUGUUAACAUGUAAACAGAAGGGCAAAACCAAUGUGUUGUCAAAAGGAUCCAUAUACGUGUAAACUGCUUCUAAAAGCCGGUUUCCAUGACCAGCCUAAUGUUGAUGCUGUUCAACCAAAAUAACUUCAAGGCAACGCCAUACCAUAGUGUCAUGCCUGAAUAUGGCGUGGCGCACUGACGAGUGUGAAUGCAUUUUCCAGCUCUUCUAGGACUGAUUGGACAGAGACAGACUGCUUCAAGCUUACAUGCUACAGCUAGGCUUUCACUCCUCCUUCCACCACCCCACCAAAGCUCCCCUCCUUACGAAAGCAAAUUAUACCACUAUCUUCAGCCCUCUUGCAAGAACUCGUGGAACAAACCGUGUCCUUGUCUUUAUCAACUCCAUGCAAAGUUGUUGUAACCUCCAUUGUUUCACAUUAAUGUAUAAUGACACCCAGAAUAACUUGAGUAAAGUGGUCUUGAACUUUUGUGACUGUAGAAGCUCAAAAGAGCUACUAGUAGUGCAACUUGACUGAUAGAUCUGUAUCAGUGAAAUGUGCUCACCAUUUAACCUUGCUCAAGAUUGACCAGAAUGUAGUCAGUCCAUCAAUUUAUUGCCAGCUUGGCCCUUGAGAGAUGCAAUAUAAGAAAAGUUAAAUAUUAUAGUACCACAGAGGCUAUGUUGGAUUUGUAUUCCCUUUAUAUAUUAAUGUUCACAGAGGAGAAUUAUUACUGUUUAUUAGAGCAUGCCUGUUAUAAAGGGAAGGAGGUUGGAUGCGUAUCAUUUUAUACAUUUUAGAUACCAUGUCAGUGUCUAUUCUACAUGUAUAUACAACAGUACCACCUUAUAUAGGAAUAGCCUCUGUGUCCAAGUGCCACCUUUUCUAAUGGAGAAAAAGACUUGAAGAUCAAUGGUGUUUUUUAAUGUAUGUACCAGAGGGUUACUGAUGAUAAACUUCAUGUAACAUCACUUGAAGCUUGUUUGAGGGUUUUUUUUGUACUGGUCUGGCUGGCUUUUGGACCAUGCACAUUUUCAGUGCCAGGCCUGCAUCCCUCUCAUUAUGUUGCAGCAUAAGAUUCUUUUUAGCUCUUUUUUUUCUUUUAUUAAAAUAUCUGCAUGUCAGGAUUGUGUUUAAUAGGCCUAGAUCUUCAUGUAACUGUGUAACAAUGUUUCUUGGUUUUCAAUAUAGGCCUAUAUGUGUCAGUGUGAUGUUAGAUUCUUUCCAAUUGUUUUUAUUUUCUUUUAAUUUUUUUAAUAGACGUUAUUUUUUGUCUUUAUGUUAGCAGUGCACAGGCAGGGGCGGUGGUAUGUAAUGCAAGACAGACAGACCCCCUUAAAUAAGAGCCUAACUGCUCUGUUAAUAAUCUACUCGCGAGAAACCUGCCGCAUCCUGCUAAAAGCACCAGUGAACAACCCGAAAAUGUAUUGUUUGAAAUGUUUUGAAAAAUCGUAUAUCUAUUUGUAAUCAUGUAAAAAAUGAUCUAUGUUGUAAAAUGCCAACGGCAAUAAAUAAAACGAACUUUAAAACUUCA